AUGAAAGCUAUAUCUUUCACUGCGGUAUUGAUACUUGCAAAUGCACUUGCGUACCACGAUCCAGAUCUGAAUUACCAUCUUAGUCAAGUGCAAAAAGCUUCCAAUUGUGCUGAUUCGGGUUACUCAUACCCUGCGCCUGGUAUCCAAUUUACUCAUUCUGGAAUCAACGUGGCUCCGGCUCCAGCUGUAGUUUCACAGCCAACCGCCUCUAUCAAGUACACUCCGGCCAUUCAGUAUGCCGCACAACCAACUUACCAAACGGUUGAAUCAAACUACAUUACUGCACCGGUGUAUACAAAAGAACUGCAUGGUUACGUAACAUCCGCUGGCCUGUCUUCAAGUGCGUCAACUACUAAAACAGUGACACCCCUAGCAACAUACGCUCAAGCACCCAUAAUUGCAAAGAUUACCGCAGCCCCCCUCAUUGCUAAGUUUUCUGUGGCACCAGCUAGAACGACUUACUAUUCACAAAACAACGUACAACAGGCAUCAUACGCAUCUGGAUCUUCAGCGAAGGCAUCUCUAUACAGCAACACUGUUCAUCAAGGACCUGUAGUAUCGCAAGUGUUUGCUGCACCGACAGUUAGAUACGCUGCAUCACCAGCGCUAAACGCACAGCAAAACGCACAAGUUGAUUCUACGCAAUACUCUACUGGUGUUCAAUAUAACCAAGUCCAAAACUUACCCGCCCUACAGAUUCCACCAGCAAUUCAAUAUGCCGCGCCAAGUGUUUCUCAAGUGCCUGUCCCUAGAAUUACACAAUAUUUUACGCCUACGCAAUAUUCCUCGGGAGCAAGUUACAUCGCUUCUACUGCAGCACAGUACCUACCAACUGUAAAGCACGCUGGAGCAGCUCUGAAUCAAGUUGUAGUGCCAAUUUCUAAUGGCUAUUCAAAAGGACUUAGCUCAGCGCCAGCUUAUUCGUCUGCUUCUUUCACUCGGCACUCGAGUCCCGCGGUAGCGGCAUACUCAAGACCAGCCAUUGCUCCGGUCUCGACUCACUACUCUACUCCAGUCAUAUCUCACUACUCUACUCCGGGUGUUGCGCAAGUUCCAGAAUAUCUUGGAGCAAGAACAAACUAUGCAUCUACUCCAUCGUUAGCAAUCGGAGGUCAUAUUUCAUCAGCUAACUCUGUGAAAAACGUCCACACAGAAUUUUUAGAAAACUAUGACGCACAUCCGAGAUACGCCUUUGAAUACGGUGUCAAUGACCCGCACACCGGAGACAUUAAGCAACAAAAGGAAGAACGAGAUGGGGAAGUUGUAAAAGGUCAGUAUUCCUUAGUGGAGCCUGACGGCUCGGUGAGAACAGUGGACUACGUAGCCGACUGGGAGACCGGUUUCCACGCUGAUGUGCGCAACAGCAAAGACAAUCAACACUAAAGGCACACAAAACCACUGCAGGCCUUACGAUACCAAUCGCCUUAUUUAGACAGACCGCCUAUAGAGCUAGACCUAAUUUCUUAAAUCUUAGCGCCUACGGAUUUAUUUAGAACGUACAUAAUUAAAAUUACUUGAACGCUUAAUUGGGGCCAGGCGGAAACGUGACUACGUAGCAAAGAAGCAAAUAACCACAUUGUGAGUUAAUUUAAUUAGAAAAUUACUUUAAGUACAUAAUGAUUAAAGGCUAUUAGUAAGUUUUAAAAACGAAUUGAAAAUUGCAUUUGGGAAGUUGCACAUCGUGUGCAAAUACUUCUACUGGAAACUGGUAACCUGUACAUUCUAUUUGCCUAAUUAUAUU